CAGAGGCGGGGCGUUUUCCGUCACGUGACGCGGUGCCGGUAGGGGCUGCAGUGGAGGUGGGGGCGGGCGUGGGAGCCCGUUGGGGAGCGGUGUCCGGUCCUCUCCCUCCGACCGAUGCCCUCCUGCGAUCCCGGGCGGCUGAGGAUGCACGGGUAGGACUGAGGAAAGAAGAGGCCGCAACGGUAGAUGUCAUGCAACAUUAACACAGGGCCUCUGGCUCAGAGGGAGCUGGUGAUUCUAAAGGCAGCCCGGAUAUCAUGGCUCACGUUACCACUUACAUGGGUUUUACUAUUCCUCACUUACUGAGAAGUGCCAGCAGACUUUGUCCUGCUCAUUCCGCGCUGGUGGUGUUGAGGCACUCUGCUUCUUGUUACUGUACGGUGAAUGGCACAAUACAAUCAAAAAGGAAAAUGGAUCACCUAGAGAGAACAGCAAAUAAUUUUCGCCAGGAGGUAAUUUCACAAGCCAAAGUGUGUGGGAUCACCAAGGAAUCAGAGACAGUCAAGAGACUACGUUUGGCCAUCGCAAAUAAAGACUUUACUUUCAAAGCAGGACAGUGGGUUGAUUUCUUUAUUCCUGGCGUAUCUGUAAUUGGGGGAUUCUCGAUGUGUUCAAGCCCCGGUCUGCUGGAACGAGAAGGAGUGUUAGAGCUUGCAGUGAAGUACACUGAUCAUCCCCCUGCUCGCUGGAUUCACACUGAGUGUACCCUUGACUCAGAAGUGGCUCUCCGAGUGGGAGGUGAUUUCUUCUUUGACCCUCAGCCUGGUGACACUCCUGUAAAGCUAGUGCUAAUAGCAGGGGGUGUUGGAAUUAACCCCUUGUUUUCUAUACUGCUGCAUGUAGCAGACCUUCAUCGAUACCAAGAGAGUAAAGGAAACGGAUACAAAAUGGGAACAGUGAAGCUGUACUACAGUGCAAAAAAUACAAAUGAACUCUUAUUUAAGAAAAAUAUUCUUGGUUUGAUGAAUGCAUUUCCUGGAAAGAUCGCGUGUCGUUUCCACGUUACCCAGCAGAGCUCACCGAUCUGUGAAGAACUUCGGCCCCACGUCACAGAGGGAAGAAUAUCUGAAAAGGACCUAGAAAAACACAUAUCUAAGGAUACUUUGUGGUACAUCUGUGGUCCACCUCCAAUGAUAGAAUCUAUAUCCAAACUGCUGUACAACUCUGGUAUUCCUAGGAACUGUGUUUUCUUUGAGAAAUGGUGGUAAUGAACAGAAAAUAAAUUGGUUCUAGUGUGUUUUGAUGAGAUAAAAUGCACAGAAGAUGGACUUUGAAUUACUUGGAAGAUUUUAUUUUCUAGAUUAAGCUGUCCUCAAUCAUGACGGUGUUCUUUUAAUUUAUCAGUAAUACAACUGUAAUACAGUGCUGCUGCUUUUGAAAAGAAGUGAUUUUAUAUUAAAGCCAUCAGCUGUUUGGGUUUA